UGGGCGAAACGAGACCUAAGACGCGUGCAGUAUACAGCAGUGACAUCACAAGUCUUGACCAACUGACCUUGUGGGUUCGGCGAUGAACAACAGCUUUAAAUCGCCUUCAGGUCUCUAGACUCAUCACAGACGGAUGUGGCAAAAAUUUAGAUCGCCUUUUAUUCCGCUGUUUACGAAGACCUAAGUGAUAUAUAGUGUCAUUUGGGUUUCUUUAAAAAGACCACACUUCUACAGUGCCAAACUUGGUUAAUGACGAAGGCAAAGGAAGAGGCAAAUUCUGCACCUCGCGCGCGACCGAAGAAGCGCCGAAGUGGACAGGAGAUGGACGAUGGAGAGGGAGACUCCUGCGCGCAACCAGAUCGAGCGCACGGGCGGCAGUUUGUAGGGCAGCACGCGUCACUCCACGGCUACGGUUCGCCCCAAACAAAUGAGGUGCCGUUGCCAGUAAAACCUCAAGACGCACAGUCAAGCAAACCUGUCACCAAGACCAGCGUAGGAACGACAACCCUUCGCCGCACCCCGAGCGGAGGAAAAGAAAUGAAACCAGAGAAGGGAAAAGUGUCCGGGAAAGUCAAGCAACCGAGCGGUGGUAGCCUCAAGAGUCGCAAUAAAUCGUCAGGACGGAGGAAACUGUCCGACGCCAGCAACACUUCUGAUGAGCUAAGCAAAGACUCAGGAUGCGCUACUGGAAAGUUGUCGUCCGCAGACAGCAGCUCAGAGAUGUCGGACUGCACGUCGGAGGAGAAUAAACUUUCUACCGACACCCAGUGCAGCGACAUUGAGUCAAAUAGCCGGGAUGGAGACAGGACUGACCUGGGGGACAGUGUCUCGGACAUCAGAAGUGAAGACACAAACAUCAUCAGUUCAACAGGGGCCAAUAACUCUCUGGCUCCUGGGACUGGUAGCGUCUCCCCUGUAGACGAGCGGUCCUUCGCCUCACUGGACAGUCGACUGAAUUUUAGCUCCUCGGUGGCAUUUUCUGACCUGACGGGAGAGUAUGUUGAUGGAAUGCACGACGAACUUCUCCGAGAGAUUGAGGAUUUAAGAUCAGAAAACGAAUAUUUAAAAGAUGAGAUGGAGGAGCUGCGUUCAGAGAUGCUGGAGAUGCGUGACCUGUUCCUGGAGGAGGACGUUUACCAGCUUCAGGAGCUGAGACAGCAGCUGGACCAGGCUAACAAGAUGUCCCGCAUCCUGCAGUACCGGCUGCGCAAGGCCGAGAGACGCAGUCUGCGCGUGGCCCAGACCGGACAGGUGGACGGGGAGCUCAUUCGCGCGCUGGAACACGAUGUCAGGGUGGCGAAGAGCGUGUCUCUGCGUCUCCAUGGCGAGCUGGAGUCGGUGCAGAAGAAGAAGGCCCAGCUGGAGUGGGAGAAUGUGGAGCUGCGCGAGCGAACGCAAGACCUGGAGGUGGCCAAUCAGGUCCUGCACAAUGAGAUGGACAAGACCCGAGAGAAUUCUCUGAGGAGGAGAAGCUUGAGGACAUCGUCUGGCAAGUCUGAAAGGAAGCUUUCCCCACAGGAUGACAGUGCUGAUCUGAAGUGCCAGCUGCACUUUGCCAAAGAGGAGUCUGCACUCAUGUGCAAGAAGCUGACCAAGAUGGUAUCUGAGAACGAGACCAUGGGCCAGGAGCUGGCCAAGUACCGCUUGCUCUACGGCGACGUCGACAACACACAGGUGUCUGACAGCAUGGCCAACUCGCCUCUCGCACGUGAAGCUGAGGUCAAAGUUCACCUGAGGCUGGUGGAGGAGGAGGCCACGCUGCUGAGCCGGCGGAUCGUGGAGCUGGAGGUGGAGAACCGUGGCCUGCGGGCGGAAAUGAGCGAAAUGAGGGACAGGAGAGGAGGAGGAGCAGGAGGAGGAGCAGGAGGGGUAGAGGAGGAAGAUGAACCGAUGGAGGGGGCGGGGGAGCAUCUCGUUGUGCCAGUCUGUAACGACAGGCAUGAGUUGGGUGAGAGGCAGACUGCUGUCAGUGUGAAGGACAUUGCACAGGGUCGGCCUAUAACAUUAGUCACUAAACAAAUACAGACGGAAGAAGGGUAUUCUGUGGAGGUUACCCGUCUGGGUCAUAACCCUGAAGAACAGGAGAAGGCCAAGAAAAAUGGUGCUGACCUUUUGAGCUCUCACACAGACCUCAACCUGAAAGACCUGAAGACUCUUCGCGAUCAGGCCCUGCUGGUCAGUUCUGCCAUUGACCUCCUGAGAGCGCCUGCAAAAAAUGGCCUCUCGCCCUGUUCCAACCAGAAAACGCCUCCGCUGUCCCCUUACCUGGCCAAACCAGAGGCAGACCAUCACUCCCCCAGCGCUCUCCCCCGGCCUCGGGACCUACCCUCCCUAAACCCCCUCUCAGGCGAGCUGGAGGUGUUACAGUUUCAGCUACAGGUUCUUAUUGAGCGAGUGAAGAGUUUAAUGGACACAGGAGAAGGCAGGAAGGCCCACAGCUGGGGACCAUGUGACCCAGCGCCUCCUCUAGAGACCAGGGAGGUCCAGAAGGAGGUACUGUUGGGGAAGGUGGACCUGUCCCCGGGAUGUCCGUGUGGUCAGGAGACCCUGGUGCUCCUCACCCUGCAGCUUCGCUGGUUCCUGCAACAGUGGCGACAGGGCGAGGAAGUGAAAGACCUGUUUGAGGUGGGCUGCCAAAAGAAACUACGUCUCCUGAUGGAGGGGGAGGAGACCUCGGACUCUGAGGAGGCCAAUAAGAUGAGCCCCACAGCCUCAAAGCCCUUCCUCAAACAGGUGAACGGUGAUGAAGACAUGGCUCUGUUGGACCUAACGGCGGCCCUGCAGGACCUGGGCUCUGAGCUGCAGGAGGAGCGGCGGGCGAGCCUGGAGCUGGCACAGCGGUUUGCCUGUGCCAAAGCAGCCUGGGCCGUGGAGAGGAGCGAGCUGAGGAGCAUCGUCAGCAGGCUUGAGGGCACGGCCAGCAAGGCGUCGGUGAAGAACCUCCCGGACCUGAAGGUGGCGCUGCAGAGGGACCACGUGGAGAAACUGCAGCAUCUGUUGGCCGACUCGUACGCGGCGGUGAUGGAGUUGACGCGGCAGAUGAAGGUGCGCGAGCGCAACUGGAGCUGCGAGAAGCAGGAGCUGCUGGAGUACCUGCACCAGCUGCAGACGGAGCAGCCGGCCUGCCAGACCAGCAGCCAGGGGAAUAUGGCUGAGUCUUCUGGUGGCAAGAUGUCUGACAGUGGAAGAUCCUGGGGAACAGAGAGGACUAAGCCCAAGCUUGCUCCGUCCGAUGCCUCCAAUAAAAACUGGCUCUACCUGAGUGAGGAGGCAGCGCUGCUGGACCAGCCGGAGGCCUGUAAGACGUGGGACGUCCCCGUCAUGCCUCCCCGGUUCCCUGGCCUGGACCUGCAGCUGGAGUCCACCCAGAGGAGCCACACGGCCCCGGAGAAGACCGCUCUGAGGAUCUACUACAGCCCACCGUCCGCCCGCAGAGUGCACCUCUCCAAGCUGACCUGGGACAAAGAGGACAUGUAUGUGGAGGGGAAGAUGAGGGAGAGGCAGGCUGGAGUUUUCCCGCCUGGACCGGCGAGGAGCAGAGGGAAUGAGGGCGUCGGGUCUCUGAGCUUUCAGGGUGGGCUGCCGCUGGAGUGCAACGGCGGCGGCAGCCCCACCGGGGGCGCCAGCAGGCUGCCCUGCGGCUUCCAGCCUCCCCCCGGCUUCCCCUCUGCCUCGCUCCUAUCCUUCGGGACCCUGCAGGCGUUGGCUAACCUGAGCGACGACAUGAAGGAGAUGACGGCCAGCGUGCGCGGGGCCAGCCGAGGCAGCUCCCUGGAGAGGGGCCGGAGCCUGAUGAAAGACGCCUGGAGCCAGACGGCUGCAGCCGCCCAGGCACAGAGCCAGAGCCGGCCAGGGGCCCACACCGUGAGCACGGGCAUGCAGACAGACGGCGUCAGGGGCCUCUCGUCCGGGAAGUACUGGUCCCCCCGUGGCACCACCGCCUCGCUGGUGUCCCCCCGCGCCCAGCAGAUGUCCUCGUCCCUGGAGCGGGUGGCCAGCCGGGUGGAGAAGCCUCCACCAUGCUCCACCUCACCUAAACUCUACCGCCGGCAUUCAGCGUCUUCCCCAUUCUCCUCAACUUCCUCCUCUUCUUCGCCUCCCUCAUCGUUCCUCUCGCCCUCCCUCUCCUCUUCCUCGUCCUCGACCGGCCCGUCCCGGCUGGAGGCCCCCAAAGAGCGCGGGCUGUGGGGUCUGUCCCAGAAGGGCUCUGUGGGCUCGGCCUGGGCCCGCUCCACCACCAGCAGAGCCGGCUCCGUCACGGCGGCAAACACAGACAAGCCGGCCGGCCGCAAGUCCGUUGGGAUCCACCGCUACGGCCUGGUCCAGGAGUUCCUGCGCAACGUGUGCGGUCGCACAGACAAGCCGGCGACGGGAGGGGCGGAGAGGACCGGGGCGCCCACGGUACGGAGGGACAGCAUCGGCUCGGCGGGACAGAAGAAGGCCGAACGGCCGGCGUCACGGGUACCGCUGGUGCGGAACGACAGCGUGACAAAGAUUGUCAACCGGAGGUUCAUGAAGCAGGGGCAGAAGGAGGAGAGAGACGGAUCCUGUGACUGCAGCUCCCGUUCGUUGACUUCCUGCUUCGCUCGCCCCUCCCGCUCCAACCUCCACCACGCCCACGCCCAGUGUCGGCUCCGCCCACACGACUGCCCCACAGCAGCUGCGGUGAGGAGCAGCUCCAACCCUUAG